AGCGUGGCCUUGACCUGAAAGUAGAUGCUCUCAUCCCACAACACAAUUUACCUAAAUUUCCCACACGGCUGUUACUGAGAAACCAUGAGCGGCGCUGGACCUAGGUUUGCCAUUUUUCCAACGCGGAUGGCGUUGACAACUAUGAAGAACCGUCUAAAGGGAGCGCACACCGGUCAUUCACUAUUGAAACGGAAGAGUGAGGCCCUGACCAGGCGGUUCAGGGAUAUCGUCAAAAAAAUAGACGAGGCGAAGAGAAAAAUGGGCAAAAUCAUGCAAGUGGCAAACUUUUCAUAUGCGGAGGUCAUGUACAGCACGGGCGAUAUUGGGUACCAGGUCCGCGAAAGCGUAAAACAGGCACAACUCAAAGUUCGCGCAAAGUCCGAAAACGUAUCAGGAGUACAACUCCCAGCAUUUGAGAUGUAUGUGGACGGGCAAAAUGCGUUCGAAUUGACCGGGCUGGGACGCGGUGGGCAGGCAGUACAAAAAUGCAAAGAAACCUACAAAAAGGCAAUUGAAGUACUUGUGGAACUAGCAUCCUUGCAGACUGCCUUUGUGAUACUCGAUGAAGUGAUUAAAGUUACAAACCGACGUGUGAACGCCAUUGAGCACGUCAUCAUUCCCAAGAUUGAAAAUACUAUUAAAUUUAUCACGUCGGAACUUGAUGAGGCGGACCGAGAGGAGUUCUACAGGUUGAAAAAAGUGCAGGGUAAAAAGAAGGAAAAGCUCGCAAUCGAAACAGCGGAACGCGAAAAGAAUCAGAGCCUGGGUCUAACAUCAAACCAGGCGCAGCCGUCGAACCUACUUAAUGAAUACGAGCAGGAUCCGGACGUGAUCUUUUGAAGGUGUUUAUAGCCAAUUGGUUAGCCGUUGACAUGGUAAAAUGAUGAGAGCUAGAGCUGUCUUGACAAAAAGGCACGUGCGGGAGUGAAAUUUAAUUCUUGAAUCGCUGUCCCAGAACGCAACUCUGCUUGCGAUGGCGGCCAGCACAUCAAUAACCUGUAACGUCAAACACUUGGCUCUUGCUGUACAUCAUGUUUACAUCCGGCCUAUUUUUCUAUUCCAAUGACAAUCUACGGCAGUGCGGAUAGUAUACGGUUUACAAUAUCCAUGGGGGCAUCAUCUAAUAUCACGAUAUCGAAUGCUUCCGCGUAUUGAUCUAGCAACAGCUCUGUGUCGUGAUUAAGAAAUCCAAUGGUUAGUUUUGUGU